AUGUCGACUUCAGUUCGCGGAUGGAUCCCCCUUUCCUACCGCGGGAUACGCUACAUCGACGGAGGCUUUAGCGACAACCUGCCCGUACUCGACGACAACACCGUCACCGUCAGCCCCUUCUGCGGCGAGUCUGACAUUUGCCCUCGGGACGAUAAUGCCCAUUUCAUGCAGUCCCUCCUGUGCUCGUGCUUCAUCCCUGGCGUGAGCGGGUGGCUGCCCCCCUCCGUGCGCGGCGUCCGCUACGUGGAUGGCUUCUGCAGCGACAACCUCCCCCGCCUCGACCACCGCACCGUCUCCGUCAGCCCCUUCGCCGGCGGAGCGCAUAUCUGCCCGCACGACCGGCCCGAGCUGCUUUUUUCGAAAAAAAACAAAAAAAAAAAAACAACCCACACACACCCGCAGGCCCUCCUAUGCUCCGCCUUCAUCCCGGGCUUCAGCGGGUGGGCGUGUCCCAAAGUGGGCGGAGUCAGGUACAUCGACGGAGGCUUCACGGACAACCUGCCGGAGGUGGACGCCCACACGGUGACGGUGGCGCCCUUCUGCGGCGAGGCGGACAUCUGCCCCAAGGACAACACGGCCGGGCUCAUCACGGUCAGUCUUGCGAACACCAGCAUAGAACUGAGCAAGGAGAACCUUUAUCGGUUUGCUCGCAUCCUCUUUCCUCCUCCUCCUGAGGUGCUGAGCAAGAUGUGUCAACAGGGAUUCAACGAUGCUCUCGAUUUCUUGCAACGGAACAACCUCAUUAAUUGCACACGAUGCCUGGCAGUUCAGUCUCGAUUCAACCUGACGGAAACUCACGAAGACACGCACCUAAGCCUCCACGAAAUGGACUGUCUCGACUGCAGCAGACAACGGAAUGAGGCCAUCCUCGACCAACUCCCCGAGGCCGUGGGCUGCAUACUCCAGGACGCGAUCAACAAGGCCAACCAAGGACUGAUGAACUGGGUCUUCAAGCACAGGUCCAUGAAGCUGCUCUCCGUCCUCACGCUGCCCUACAUCCUGCCCAUAGACAUUGCAUACGCGGCAUUCCUCAAGUUCAUGAGUUCGACCCCCAGUGCAAGCGACCUCAAGACCCUAGGCAAACAGAUUGUUGACCUUGUGCAGGCCCUCAUGCAGUCCACCACCAAGUCGAGCCUAUACCAUCACCACCACCACCACGACAGCAAGUUCUCCUGCCAGCUGGCUAUUACCGAGUUCUCUGGCGACACAGAGCUCCACAAUCGUCACAACUUCGACUUUACGCUGGAUCUUGAUGACUUGGAAGGGGUUCCAGAGAGCCACAAGGAUGCGAUGGUUCUGGAGUCGGAGGCCCUGUCGCAGGUGGCCCUCCGCUGCGCCGUACGAUCCAUGUCGCGUCCCGGCUCCCGCAUGGCCUCUCGUGCUGCGUCCAGGGCUGUGUCAAGGGCUGUGUCGCGCCGUCCAUCUGUCAACGACCUCACAAAUCCAGAAGAGCUGGAGACUGCCUUACCCGUUACGACCUCUGUCAUGAGCGAUGAUGCCUUCGAGCAGAUUCUCGAUGUGACGACACACCAGGAGGCUCUCAUGGCCUACUAUUACCUUGAUGAUAAUAAUGAGGUUCGUGUCACGGAGAUCUUUGACAUGACGGAGACAGAUGGUGGUAAUGGAGGGGGACCUCACGAUGACAGCUAUGGGGGUAUUGAAAUUGACUCCGAGACGUGGCACUCUGAAGGGCACUGGUCGCAGAGGAGUCGGACGGACUCAUUGGGUUCCGAGGGCUAUCAUGAGGGAGGUCUAAGCAUGUCAAUCCCUUCAGACACGGAAUCGGAACACGGGCACAGGGUCAUGAGACAGCCCGAGUCUGAGCAGAUCUACUCCUCGUCCCCUAAACGCCGACCAUCUUAUGCCAUCAUCGAAUGAGAUAGUGGCAUAAAAUCAGAAUUGUCCUCGCCUGGGUAAUUUCAUACCCAAGCUCUCUUUAACUGGCCACUCAGCUGUCCAGUUAGUAGGUGGUUCUCGCAUCUGGCCAUUCAUUCUUCCGUCUGUUUUAUCAUCCAUUCGUUCAGUUGUUUGGUUGAUUGGUCCUUCUCGCACUGCGGUAUUCUCUGCUUUAGUGGUUCUCUCAUUCGUUCAUUCAGUCAUUUGGUUGUUUGGUCAUUCUGUCGUUUUGUGAGAACCCUCUUUAUCUUCCUUGAGACUCCCAUGACUGCCAAAUGUGUGUUUGCUGUGUGUAUAUGUACAUAUGUCUUGCUAUUAGAUUUUUUAUCCUUAGAAUCGACCUUUUAGGAAGGUUAAGGCUAAUCACUAUUUUUUUCCCUUAAUGUAUAUUAUAUAAAGAUGUUGGAGAAUAAUCCAUUGUAUAUUGUAUUUUGUAUACAUUUCUCACUUUCUGUAAAUAUUGUACAAGAGAAUGAUUCAAAUUAGGGUUACAGGUGUGUAGAUAUGUAUCGAUCUUUUAUUCUACUUUCUUAUUUGUUUUAGAAGAUAUUUUCAAGCUUUGUCAGAUUCUAGGAACUAUAUAUAAUAUGGGUAAAGAUUUGAGUUUUCAUUUUUAUUUCUAUUCAUAUAUUUUUUUCAAUUAUCUGUAUUUUUUCCCCCUUUUAGCCAAGGGGAAAGAAGUUGCUGGUUUAGAGUUCUUGAGAUUAAAAAGAAAUAUAUAUUCUUGCUUCUAAUCUUUUGCAUUUGUAAUUGCCACGAAACUGUAUUUUGAUUUAUACUCAUUUUCACUCGAAUGCCAGAUUCUUUACACCUUCUGAAUACUUCUUUGUCUCGUUUUUUUAUUUAUUGAUUUCUCUUAAUCUUCUGCCUAAAAGUGCUUUGAUAUCCAGUGAAACAAGUUGCUCGCCAGAAUGGAGAGAAAUAAUACGGAAAAUCGACUUAAAUUUCAGACCACCUGAAAUAUUAUAAAGGCUUAGAAAAAUGACAUCAAAUGUUAAACGUAUAUUGCACUUGAAAUAUUAUAAAGGCUUAGAAAAAUGACAUCAAAUGUUAAACGUAUAUUGCACUUGAAAUAUUAUAAAGGCUUAGAAAAAUGACAUCAAAUGUUAAACGUAUAUUGCACUUGGUCGUCGUGAUAGGGUUAAGAGGGGACCGAUGAGAAUUAGGGUCAAAUAUCAAGAUAUCCAGGACAUGGCUUUUAUAUCGGAUCAUUUCCUUUGGUCUCUUC